GCACCAAGGGGCGCUGUUUGUCAUAGGGAAUGAGAGAAGCUGGAAACUCUGGGCGUGGAGGGCCAAGAGAACAUGAUUGGAUAAAAACAAGUCACGUUUUUUUUUAUUGCACCCCUCUAAUAACGUAUGUUAAUAACAAUGUCACAGUAAGGACAAAAGUUACGAAUAAUUAACAAACUUUAAUAAGUGAGCUAAGUGAUCAUCUAGGUUUAACACUUCCAAUACCAAUUGGAGGUCACCUCCAUCCAGCACUAUAAAAUCUUAUCUUAUCUCCUAAAACAACACGCCCAAGCUUUCUGUUUCUAUUUAAUUCUAGUGCAUUUACUGUUUCUGACAGAUUAGUUAAGGUUGGCCUGGAUUAUGAUAUAACACACUUGACCACUGUGUGGCGCUGUUAAGCCCUGCCACUGCCUUAGAGAAUAGUGUCAGGAAGAGCCUGCUCAGUUUUCCUUCUGCCUCUUUCAUGUUUCAGUUUCACUGAAACAUGUGGACUCGUGAAGAUAUAAAUAAUAAGGUUUAUCUGAGGCCAUGAUGCAUUUGACUGGAAACAGUUUCCUGUGAUAUUGUGGAAGUACUGUGCUUCCAACAGCGCCAGUGGCUUCGCACCUGCAGGGGCUUUAUGUGAAAGGCUUACAAGAUAAUAACGACAGUCGUCUGAAGAACAUUAUCGGAGAAGUCCGAUAAUGCGCCAGUGAGACGGAUCCGUGACCGUGUGUCCGAGCUCAUUCAGACAGGCCAGCAGCCUCUCAGAUAAAACCAGCAACCAGGCAUCAUGGACAUGUUCAGAAGAGGACAAAGAGGAAUGCCACACUUUUCACAGAGGUGUGGAUUUAGAUCAACAUGACAUUUUCUGCUCUGAACAUUGGAUUUUUAUAUAAAAAAAGAGAUCUUCACUUAUUGUCCAACACUGGAUUUCAGCAAAGAUCAGAGAGAUCCCAAGCUGCAGCUCUUCUAUCCUGAGCCCAGAUACUCUACUGUCUGGAUGACUAACGGAAGAACUGUCAGACACACACCAUGGCUUACUCCUCUCACCCCUCUGGUUGGAGGGAGAUGACAAAUGGAGGGGGGCACCCCCAUUACAACAAUGGAGGCCAGACCGGGGGUUCCCACAGUGCCACUCGCUACAUGCUGAAGAAACAGCAGCGCCACAGACACAGAUCCUCCUCUCCCAUGGGCAGGGUCAUUCUCAUCAAUGCACCUGUUGACGGAGGCGAUGACUGUGAAGACCUUCACACAGUGACAGUGGAUAAGAGUCCCGAUGGACGUCUGGGUUUCAGCGUUCGUGGAGGCUCUGAGCACGGACUUGGCGUAUUUGUCAGCAAAGUGGAGGACGACAGCUCCGCAGCGCAGGCCGGGCUGACCGUGGGCGACAAACUGGUGGAGGUGAACGGCGUCAGCCUGGAGAGCAUCACCAUGAGCAGCGCUGUGAAGGUCCUGACAGGCAACAACAGGCUGAGGAUGGUGGUGAGACGCGUGGGCAAGAUCCCCGGCAUCCGCUACUCCAAGGAGAAGACCACGUGGGUGGAUCUGAUCCACCGGCGGAUGGUGGUGGAGGAGAGCGGCCGGACGCCUUCGGAGGCCAGUUCGGACAGCGCCCUCCGCAGGAUCGUGCAUCUCUUCACCACGUCUGACGACUACUGCCUGGGCUUCAACAUCAGGGGAGGCAAAGAGUUCGGGCUGGGAAUUUAUGUGUCUAAGUUGGACCCGGGCGGUCUUGCUGAGCAACAUGGCAUCAAGAUGGGUGAUCAGAUCCUGGCAGCCAACGGCGUCAGCUUCGAUGACAUCACCCACAGCAAUGCCGUCGAGGUCCUGAAGAGCCACACACAUGUCAUGCUGACAAUCAGGGAGGCUGGGAGGUAUCCUGCAUACAAGGAGAUGGUGGCAGAAUACGGCUGGCUUGACAAAUUGGCUAACGGGGUCCCUGCAGCAUCCUCCCAGGGUUCAGACUCCAACUCCUCCGUCUCCUCGCUCUCCUCCAGCACUCCCCUCAGCUCCCUCAGCGGUCUGUCCCAGGUCCUCUUCCCUCCCGUCUUCAGCUCAGAGAUGGUAGACGUCGCCAUCUCCACGGAGGCCGGCUCCCGACGUCCGAGCGGCAGCGAACGCACCGCGGACACCGCCAUGCAGACGGACGCCCACCCUCCGAGCUACUCGGACGCUCCAGAGAGGCCGGCCGCCGCAGAUACCAGUCGAAGCAUCGGCACCACAGUGCUGCUGAAGGACACGGUGGUGUGCGGGAGAGGGGAAGGGCCGAGGGAGACGGGAGGCGCCGGGGAACGAGCGCGAGGGAGGACAAGGACGAUGUCGUCUGGCGACCGGGAAGUGAUGAAGCACUCGCCAAAGACGGCGGCGCUGAUGGCCCUCAGUAAACCGCGCAAGCCAAUCAGACGCUCCCAGAGCCACAUCACGGUGUCAGAGGACAGGCAGAAGAAGAAGAAGAAGCAGCAACAGACGGAGCAAAGCGUGGCAGAGAAUAAGAACAGCCUGCAGCGCUCCAAAACCUUUGUCAACCUGCUGUUUAAAAAGGACCGCAGAGACAAAGGCCGCUCCAAGUCGCCGUCCCGUCACGCUGACAGAGAUAGAGAGCGAGGUCGCCCCUUCCAGGUUUUGACUUCGCCGAGGGAGUCUCGCGCCGGGGUCCGAGAUAAAAGCCCGCUGCCUCGACUGGAGACCCUGCAGCACGUGGAGGACAUGGCAACGAGGCUGCUCAGCCAGGACGAGGUGGCUGCAGUGAUGAGGCACUGUCAGCGGUUUUUGACCGACAACGUGAUUGAAGAUUUAGUGCGUCCCCUUUUGGCCAUACUGGACAGGCCAGAGAAACUACUACUCCUUAGAGAAAUAAGAAUGCUGAUUCCCAUCACAGAGUUGGGCCAGUUUGACAGCAUGGUCAUGCCCUUUGAGCUAGAGGCAUAUAACACUCUGAAGACCCUCUCUAUUCGUUCCCCAGCCCUGCGCUCCCCUCGCAGCGGCACCCCUAGACGUCACCUCAUCACCCCAAUCCCAGACUUCAGGGGCGGCUUCCAUCUCCAGCCGGUGCAGGACACGCUGCGAGAGCGUCAGCUGAUCGAGGAGCUGGACAGACUGCGUUUGUCCAGCCACCCGUCGGCCCACCCUCCCCCUUCCUGUGCCUUCACUGCCUUGCUGGAUGUACCUGUGGACAGCUACUGCGCGCGCCCCCCCCGCUCCCCGAGCCCCUCCUCCGUCCACAGCUUCCCCCUGACGGACCCCCCGCACGGCUCCCAGCCCGGGCGCCGACCGGCCCGCUCCCCAGGGAGGAGAGACGACGAGGCGUCCUCGUUGUCUGCGUCCGACCCGAGCGACGUGGCCCCCGAACGCGGGAGGUCCCCCGUGAGAAACGGCCACGGGCGAGCGAGGAGGGAGGCGAGUCCUGACAGCAUAGAUGGCGGCCGAGGCAGACAGGGGGGCUACACGGAGGUCAGCGUGCGCGUCCCCUCGCAGCCACGAGGGAGGACUCCUCUGGCGGACGUGUUCGAGGCGCCCACAGACAAGGGUCCGUCCACAGACAGAGGGCGCGGCGAGCAGGUCAACGGACGCGCACAAAAUGGGCACGGCGUAAGAAGAAGAGCGACUCUGCCACGGGAAGAGUAUGAAAUCGCCACUUUGACCAUCUCUAAGGCCAAGCAAUCAUUGGGCAUUAGCAUCUCUGGAGGAAUGGAGUCUAGGGUGCAGCCCAUGAUAAAGAUCGAGAAAAUCUUCCCAGGAGGAGCUGCGUCCACAAAUGAAGCUCUGAAGGCGGGUCAUGAGCUGCUGUCUGUCGAUGGUGAGAGCUUGCAGGGCGUGACUCAUCAGCACGCUGUGGAUGUGAUUCGCCGUGCAUUCAGCAACAAGGCCAGGGACCCCAUGGUGUUUGUGGUCAAGGUCCCCACCACCACCACCAGCCUCGGGAGACCUGCUGACUAACCUCAACGUACCCGCACCUCACAGGGAGCGAUUCCAAUACACGACCCACUGCGGAACAAAGAGGACAAAUGAUAUGAAAUGCAUUAGCUCAUGUUUGCUACACUGCAGCCGUUCAGGGACGAGGUGGUGGUUUAUGAAGUCCUCCUCUGUUGAUAUUGUGCCACUGUUUGACGCGUACCGCCGUGACCUUGCAGUGACCUCUAAAUGCCGUCUGACUCUGGAGUCAGUGGUUUGCACUUUUCAGCUGGAGCAUCUCAGUCCAGCCGGCCUGCAGGCUCGCCAGAGGGAGAUUACCCAACCCUGUGUUAUGAGAUUUGUAGAUUUAUACCCAGAUUAAACCCCUGUAUUAUGUCAAAA